AUGAAGCUCUUGUACAAACCGGAAGAAUCUUAUAAAUCCGGCCUCCACCUGGGGCAGACGCUCCGCCAACAACAGCCCACCUGGAGAGGCCACUCCAAUAUAGUCUUAAUAAGGCGUUGGCCUGCCCACAAUGCUCAUGGCAUCCAAAUCGCCGAGGCGAAGGAAAAUGGUGUCCAACCUAAUUCUAAAUGCCAUCUCCUCAUACGGGGGGCGGACAGGCGUGUCCGUGGCCGGCGUCAGGAAAAUCCUGAAGGCCAAUGGCUACGACGUGGUCAGGAACAGAGGCAGGAUCAGCCUCGCUGUCCGGAGACUGGCGGCCAGCAAAUACAUCGUCCGCACCAGUGGCAGAGGAGUCAGGGCCUCAUUCAAGAUAAACUCUUACGCCCUUGGUCGCAGGAGGAGAAGAAGGUAUGGAGGGAGGAGGAGAAGGAGGAGGAGAAGGAGAAGGAGAAGGAGAAGAAGAGGCAGGAGGAGGAGGCGAAGGAGAGCCAGGAGGGGUCGCUCCAGGAGAAGGCGCAGGAGGACUUAUUCUCGGAGGAGAAGGAGAAGGUCCACUCGAAGGAGAGGAAGGAGAAGGAGGAGGAGGAGAAGAAGAAUCGCUCCUAGAAGGAUCAGGAGGGUCCGCAGAGGCAGGCGCAGGAGGAGCAGAUCCAGGAGGAGGAGGCGGAGGAGUAGAUCCUUCAGGAGGAGGAGGAGGAUCAGAUCCUACAGGAGGAGGCGGAGGAGGAGGAGGAGAUAUAGCAGGAUACGCUAA